AUGCUCAUGCAACAUAUAAAAGAAUAUGGAGUAACGGUAUACAUAGAUACAUGUAAAAUAUCUUUAUUGCAGAGACAACUACUGACGAUUAUAGAGGAGAAUUUCCAACAGUUCAUGGAACAUAUGGGUGACAGCAGUAUGAUCGAAGCUUAUGGGUCCAAUUGUAAUAAUGAUGAAUCGGAUUACUGGAAUGAACAUGGGCGUACACCAGCGGGAACAAGGAUAAUGAUGACAAAGGAAGAUAGAACUGUGUGCAUGCUAAUGACAGGUGCAUUGUCCUUUGCGAAUGGAUGGGGCACACGAGCAAAAUAUAAGGAAGGGACUAGUGAAGAUGAAAGAAAAGCAGACGAAUUCAUAAAAUGUGCACUAGCAAAUAUAUAUAUGUACACAUUAGAACAGACACGGCAUGAUGGAAAAGAUGGAAUAGAGUAUGCAUGGUACCUAAUGAAAGGUAUGGAGGCAUCUGAAAUGGAAAAUUUAAUUAAAGAUGAGAAAUGCAAGAAGGGUGCUCAGGAAUAUGGAAAGGGACCCAAUGAUCAGAUAAAGAACAGAAUUCGGAGUUUGUUGAAGUCUAAGGAUGGAACGUUCAAUAGAAUAAAGGAGGAUGCAGUGAAAAAUGAGCAAGUUCAAAAAGUGAUCAGUGCGGCUGUAGAGAAGAAGGAAGAAGAGAAAGUAAUACAACGAAAGUCGGGGAAUAAGGACAGUACAAAUGCAACAGCAAGAGGCCAUAAGAGCGAGGAAAAUAGAGACGUCUGCUUCGCGGAAGUAAAGACAGGAGCAGGAGGGCGGGCAUCCAUGUGGAACUACUUAAUAGUACUAUGGGAUGAUUAUAUUGAGACAGGGAAAACGGGGGUGAAGGAGACUAAGGAAUUUAGAGAGCUUUUUUGGAAAAAUGUACACACCACGUGGAAAGAAUUUAAGGAAUAUAUGGACGCAGAUGACGGUGGAAUGACGCACAGUAUGUGUGAAGCCGGACAGCGGGACCAGGAAGCGGACGGACACAUAUGGACUGGUGAGGAUCUGGGUAUAUGCGAGUUAGCGUAUAUAGCGUUACGUUUUAAACAUGGAAUUCAAUUAGACGGAACCCCUAUGAGCCAAGAGGGCAUGGACGAACAGAGGAAGAAAAUACACAACUAUAUGAGGUGUAUUCUAGUAAACAUAUUUAUGAAAAAAAUAAUGGGCAUGAAGUGUCUAGAAGGGCCUGGUGGACAGUUUGCAUUCGGUCUUGUGGAUGACGAAGUAAAGGGAGUUUACAAGCACGAGUUCGGUAAUGUGGAGUGUGAGUGGAAGGAUGCAGGGAUAGGUGGCGAUGGAACUGGAAGAGAUGAAAAGGAUAGAGGUCUCUGGGAAGUAAUGAAAAGGUGGUUUGAUAGGAAUAAGGGAUACUUGAGGGAUGGCGAGACAGGAGUAUUAGGGGAAGAUUGUAGGGUGGUCAAGACGACAGCGGGCACGGAACAACAGAAGAAGGAACAUGCGGCAACGGUCAAAGAAACAGUGAAAGCAGAAAUAAAGAACGUGGAGAAGGACAUAAAAGACAAGGUGCAGAAAAUAUUAACGGGAACAGAACAUUGCAAUAAUGGGGAUGAUGAUUGUGUGAAGAAUGUAUUAGAGAAAGAAAAGGAAAAAGAAAAGAAGAAGAAUAAAGCCCCUGCGCAAACUCCAGAAUUAGGGGGGAAGUCACCCGAGAUACGAACAACACCAUCAUCAGAAGGGACAACGACGACAACAUCCUCAUCAAGAACACCGGUAGACCCAGGAUCUGCACCCGCGGGACCGGCGCCGGCAGUAGCAAGAUCAGAUGCAUCCGUUGAGGAAACACCGCUACAGCAUCCUCCAGCACCAACAGCUGCGGUAUCACCUGCAACACCAGAACCGGCAGAAGAGAAAGACAAGGAACCACCAGCACAAUCUGUACCGGAACCAGGGCCGGAACCAUCGAAGGCAGUUUCUACAGGAACAUCAACACUACCAACACCUUCAGAACCAUCAGCAGGGCCGGAUGUAUCAGGGAGGGAUGCACAAUCAACAGGCACAAAAUCAGCGUGGGAUUUCAGCAGUGUACCCACCAAAACCAAAUUAUGGGGAACAGGAGAAGGAACUCCAGACGGUGGAGGAGACUUGGGUAAUGUACCGGACAGUGUCGAUUUAUGGGCAGCAGGAAAAUGCCCUUCUAAUGGUUCUGUCGACCUUGUCGCUGACUAUAAGAACGGGAAAUGUGACUUUAACUUUACACCAGAUACUGGCCUAAAUAUAGGGGACGCAGCAGGAGGUUUUGCACCAUCUGUCACAACACCCAGAUCAUCCAGUUCAUCGAAUAGCGACCCAGGUGACUACGCUGUUCCCGACCUAACCGCAAACGUCCUUACCGCCACUACUCCCAUCCUGUUUUUUCUCACUUCCGUCAUCGUGGCCCUCCUGGGUUAUUCCCUUUGGAAAUACUUUGCCUACCUCGCCAAACGACGACGAACAUAUCGAACCGUGCGUGACGUGCCGUCACCGCCACUCGACGAAGAAAUAUUGCAGCAUCUACAACGCGGCGAGCCGCCACCCGAUUACGGGUACACGAUGAUUAGGGAUAGGCGGCCUGCAUCUGCUGCCGCUGGACGACGCCACCCCCGACGCGUGCAUAAGCGCACCAUCAUCGAGCUACAUUUAGAAGUGCUCCACGAAUGUGAAGCGGCCGCAUGGGAAACGGUGAAAGAGGACUAUUUGCAGAUACUCGUGGAGCAGUUUGCGCACGACUUGGAGCAGGAACAGGACAGGAAUAACACUAUCUUGGGUGUGUCUACCACAAACCAGGAUUUAUCACGGAACAAUGUUUCAUCCACCGUGGAUCCACCCACCGAGUCCGACGGAACGGACCUUUCUCCGCCUAACGACGAGGACUCCGAUCCAUGGCGUUGUAUGGCAACCAUGCAGUUCGCCACGGCCCCUUGUCCACCGAAUGAACCCGAUCCGUGGCGUUGUAUGGAAACGAUAGAGUUAGAAACGGACCCUUCUGCACCUAACGAAGCGGACUCCGAUGCAUGCAGUUGUAUGGAACCUAUACAGUUAGCAACGGACACUUGUCCACCACAUGACCCCGAUGCAUGGAGUUGUAUGGAAACUAUACCGUUAGCAACGGACCCGUCUCCACCACAUGAAGAUGACCCAUGGAGUUGUAUGAAAAACAUACAGUUAGAUGCACAACAGAGUCGUGCUCAUUCCAACCACGAGCACGCGACGUCGGAGUGCACCCAAUGGAUCCCUUGGAUUGACAUCACCAAAUACCUUUUGCGGGAGUGCACGACGCAGCCAUGGUUUCUGCAAUUGAAAUCGGAGUGGAAACAAUACCUACGUGAGCACAUGGCGGUAAACGAAGUAUUUGGCAACAGUGCACUCGGUGAGCACGGUAAUAUGCCAUCCACAGAAAUGAAGAAAUUGCGGUUGUGGAAACAAUGGGUUGCAAAACAACAUCGGCAGGUGAUUGCAUACAGGGAGGAGGAGUGGUUCCAAUACCUAUUGAGGAACAUAGAAGAGGAAAACGGGCUAACAGCUGCAGAGGGAAUACCGGCAAAGAUAACAGCAGUGAAAGCAGUGGGCGAUAUGCCCACAGUACAGGAAGAACCAAGCACAUUUAUAACAGGACAAAUGCUACCUGUAGAAAAUGGCUUAAAAGGAGAAAAAUCGUUGGAAGCGGAACAAGCUCUAAAAGUGAGCCAUUUACCAGGGAUGCAACAACACAAUACGGAAAUGUACAUGAAGACAUCGUUGACAUCUAAAUUAUGGUUGCUAAUCCUGUCAUCCGUCAUAGAACAGUGUGAAAUGGAACAGAACCUUCAAGAAACAGACACAUACCUUGACAAUUUAUUAGAAAACAUGGCAUAA